AUGGAAUCGAAAAAUGCUCCUGAUGUUAUGUGGUUUGAAUUUCUGUUUGACAAAACAGGCACUCUCUUGACAACUCAUUUGUCGACACCAAAUGCAGGUAUAAAUUUCUAUGUAAAUUUGCAUGUUUCAUAAAUUGAAUUCAAUUCUGAACUAUCUACCUUUUUGUGGCCACAUAAUAUUCAUAUGUUAUGCUAUAUCAAAAUUACAAAAUGUCAAAUACAAGCCAAACAACAAUAACAUUUACAUUGCUAUUUUAGCCCCAUCGGCAGAGCAGCUUAUCACACAAUUUCUUGAAAAAUCUGGAUAUAUUGCUCCUUGGGUAUGAAUUUAAUAAACAAUAAUCCUUUUAUUAUGGGUUUUGUAUUUACGACAACCUUCAACCAGACUGCAUGUGUUUUACUACUUCACUGGUGUUUGUUGCAGCUGAUUGAUGUCAAUAAACUUAGUGGCAUUUGGUGUUCGUAAUCUCUGAAUAACACAUUAACAUUCACUCUAUAAACCCUAGACUUUUGCAAAGUCUUUUUCAAAUGAUGUCACUCUAUUUUGUGUGGUUCCGCUUUCUGGCUUGUAAAAAAAUAUGGAAAAAAGUUCUGAGGCGGACUUGUGGCAAGUCUAUAUAAACCGACAACAUACAAACACCCAUGAGUUAGUCAAAUCCAGACUGCGAAGUAUGGCAGUUUUUGAGAAGAUCUUGGGGGGUGACAAAAAUUUAGGUGUGCAACCUCUUUAAAAUUUAUUAAAAUGUGUGCUUGAGUUGUUGUUAAUGUUUAAAAUUGCCAAUGGGUUAUUCUAGAAAACAUCUAUACCUCUCCCACAGGGGAAGUUGGAAGUUAACCCUCUACCCCCUGUGGAUGUCCUAAUACACUUAUUUGUAUGCAAAACAAAUGUUUCUCUCCUCCCCCUCCGGUCGGCAGAAAUUUCUUCCGUGGGGGGAGUGUGGAAAUUUUCUGGAACGACCCAAUUAAAUGCCACAAAUACAAGUUAUGUUGGAACAAGUAUAGUUAUGCCAGUUAUUGAAAUGUGGACAAAAAUUUCUCGGGUGUGGACAAAAAUUCUCAUAUGUUUUGGAAAAAAAUUCUCAAAGCCAUGUCCUCAAGAUGAUUUGGACCCAAUGUGGAUCACAGUGGAUGACUUGACCAACAUUGCUAUCUAUUUUCUGUUGCCCAGACAAAAAAGGAAACUGCUACAAAGACUGCUCAGAAUGGGCAAGAAAAACAAGAUGUGGUUGAGACAAAUGUUAAAAGAAAGGAACCAUUGUUGUUACUUGCUUUACAUGUAGCAUCACAUUUGGAUUGGAACCUAGGUCAUUUGGAGACAGGGUUAGUCUCGUGCAUGGAUUGUGUCAAUUGAUUCAUUGAAUAUGCUGAGUGAUGGUUUUUUAAAAUAUUCAAAUAUUGUUUUAUAGUCUUCCACUAUAUGUGCAAUAUGUGCUGUUACAAGAACUUGUCAAAAUGUUUUAUAAAGAAACAGAGGUACUUUUUAUUCAACAUAUAUUUUAUUAGCUUAAUAUAUAUUGUAUACAUUCAUGAUAUUAAAGCCCAUCGUACAAAAGGGUGCCUCCCAAAAGAAGCCGGUACAUAGCUAAAAAACUCUCUGUAGUGGCUAGAAUGCCAUUUCAGAGAUGCCAUCGGACACCACCUAAACUAUAAAAAGAUCUUCAGGAAUGACAUUUUUGCUUUUUAAUAUUUUUGUAGGAUAUACAACCAUCACCAGAAUUGCUUAAAGUUGAGAAGAAUGCUAUUUUCCCUUUGCUCUUGUAUUAUAGAUGGUAAGUAUAGUUAGUAUACUAAUGAUACGAUUGAUAUAAAUUAGAUACUUUUAGAUACAUUGAUAUACCCUGUAGUGCACUACACAAUUGACCAGUUUCUUGUAUUCCCAAUUUUUUAGGAUUGUUAGAUCAAUAGUUGAUCAAACUUCAUCCAAACUAACAGAGAACAACACAAAUGAGUAUGUCAAACAAUACAUAAUUUAUUAUAUACAUAAUAUAUAACCAAAAUAUUUAAUAAUCCUAAUUAUAAUUUUGUUUAUGACCAGAAUAUUUAAUAAUCUUAUAAGGUUGCCAUUUGCUGAUGCCAAAAAUGAGAAGAGUGAAAUGGAAAAACUAAUAGAAAAGGUACUGUAAAUAUUGUGAAAAGGACACUCUAAUUGCUUGAACUGGACUGUCGAUAUACAGUCUCUGAAUAAUCUGGAUUGUCAUAAAAUAUAUACCGUAGUAUAGAGAUGCAUGUGUUCCACCAUCUUGUGUGAUUCUAAUUUCCAGAUUGAAGCAGAAGAGACAACAGCAAUCAAUGUUUUACAGCAAGGUACAUCUUGGAAAGAUGAUCUCACAUUUCCAGUGCUGCCGCCUUUGAAAACUUCAACAGAAAAUGAAGAGGAGAAAAGGUAGAGUUUUUCACUUUUGUGAAUGUACUGUACAUUGUCGAGCCCAUUGAGAUGAAAACACAAUACCAAGAAGAAGCUCAGAACUUUUGCUAGAUGUUUGCUUGAUUCCUCUUGAGCAAAAGGAAAAUCCAACCCAUGAUCAGAUAUGAAAGGUGGUUGUUCUAGGGACAACCUCAGUAUGGGCCACCAGAAACAAUGUCACAUCCACCAAGCUUCAUUGGAUUUACUGGAAUAGCUUCAGUCAAUUGCUUGAUUUGGUUGUUCUAAAAAAGAUCUACACUCCACCCGCAGAGGAAAUUUGUCCCAUCCAGGGCCAGGGGAGAACAAAAUUGUUUCUUAUACUGUAAUAGUAGGUGUAUUAGGGCAUCUGACAGGGGUAGGGGGGUUAACUUCCAAUUCCUUCUGUGGGGGAAGUAUGGAUGUUUUCUGGAAUGAGAAAGUGAAGCCAUAGAUGGCCAAAUGAUCCAUUGUCCUUUCACAGGUACAAGGAACAGAUAUGAGUGCAUGCACCUUGCAAACUUUGCAUUUUUUAUUUUAGCGAAAAAGAUGAAACUAAGAUAGCUGGAGAAGGCACUGAGAAAGAUGCUGAGUCCUCUGAUAAUACUAUGGAUACUUCGGAGACAAAGACGGUGUCGAGUCAGUCCAUUAUUGGUCAGAUCUGUUUUGAUCUUGGCACACUUUUUUUUUACAAAGGAAACAUUGAGAAAGCCAAAAGUCUGUUUGAAACAUGUUCCAGUGUACAGGUAAAUAGUACAGGGUUAGCCAUAUUUGAUACAGUACAGAAAGUUCUACUUGUAUUCGAUCUAGCAUAAUUUAUUGCCCCAUACAGCUAUAGUAACUAUAUUGAUUAUUUAGUGUGCAAGCAAUUCAUUCUACACUGUGGACAAGAAACGACUAUCUGGCUAUUACACAGCAUGUUGUUCACUCUUACAUUGUCCUGUACGAGAAGAUCUCGUCAGUUCUCUGUCUUUGAUGAGUCAAAUGGAACAAUGCAAAUAUGAUGGCUAUAAG